AUGCGUCUCUUGUCAGUCGUCAUCUCCCUGGCCUGCGCAUUCGGUCUCGUCUCUGCAGCCUCCAUCAACAACCCCUUCUCCUUUGUCCCCGCCCCAGCAACCAUCGAGGAAUGUGGUACUCCAGACGACAUCCUCAAGUUGAUAAACUACUCCCUCAACCCCAACCCUCCUCUCAAAGGCGAAGUCCUUGUCAUCGAUGCUGAAGGUGAACUCAGUGAAGACGUUGUCGAAGGCGCAAAGAUCAACCUCAUCGUCAAGGUCGGAUUGAUCAAAUUGCUGACCAAGGAACUCGACUUUUGCGAAGAGUCCGCCAAGAUCGACAAGCCAUGCCCCCUGAAGAAAGGCCAGCAGUUCCUUCACCAUGAGGUCGAGCUCCCCAAGGAGAUCCCUCCAGGCAAGUACUUUGUCAAUGUCAAGGUCAGGAAUCCUGAUGACAAGCAAGUUACCUGCCUCAACGCCAGGGCCAACUUUGGCAUCUAA